AUGAGGAACGUGGCAAGUGUUGGUCUUUGCGUUGGACUCUCUGCGAUUGGCGCCCUGGCCAGCGACAUUCUUAAGCCAGAGGCCGAUUACCGAGAUUUCCGCCACUACCAGCUUAGCAAUGGCAUGCACGCUAUAGCUGUGCAUCACCCGCGAUCUAAUGAGGCAGGCUUUGCAGUGGCAGCGAAUACUGGCAGCUUGUACGAUCCUGAAGAUGUACCUGGUCUGGCCCACUUCCUGGAGCAUAUGUUGUUCCUUGGGACAUCAAAAUAUCCGGAGCCGGAGAGCUACGACAGCUUCCUGACACAGAACGGAGGGGCAAACAAUGCUUACACUGACGAGGAAAAAACGGUCUUUUUCAACAAGGUCACGGACAGUGCCUUCGAAGAAGCCUUAGACCGUUUUGCAGAGUUCUUUAAAUCUCCACUCUUCAACCGCCAGUAUGAAGAAAAAGAGGUUAACGCGAUUGACGCGGAGCACCAGAAAAACAUCCCGAACGACGACGAGAGAGCGUGGUACACGAUCCGAUCUCUGGCAAAAGGACCAAUGUCUCGAUUUGCUACUGGUAACGCGGAAACCCUGAGUACCUACCCAAAAGCCAACGGGAUCGACCUGGUUGAUCGCCUACGGGACUUCCACAGCAAGUACUACUGCGGGUCAAACAUGGUUGCUGUCACUAUUUCGCCGCGUUCUCUUGAUGAACAAGAGUCGCUGAUAAGGGAAAAGCUUGAAGGCAUAUCCGCUGGUCACGCUGACUGGCUUGGAAUGGUCCAGUGCCCUGGACCCAUGUUCGAUACUGUCAAGCCCUUCGACCACACCAACAGUGGAAAGUUCAUCCACUUGCAAAGCUUCUCAUCGCAGCCUAGUCUCUGGGUUGCCUUUGGCCUUCCAGCAACGCUUACAUCUUAUAAAAAACAGCCAACCAGCGUCCUGACCUAUCUGCUUGAGUACACUGGAGAGGGAUCUUUGGCAAAACGCCUUCGGCUUCUUGGGCUUGCUGAUGGAAUCUCACCUGCCGUGGAUAGGAAUUCCAUAAGCACCCUGCUUGGCAUAAAGGUGGAUCUGACUCAGAAAGGCGCGGCCCAUCGUGGACUUGUACUGCAGGAGAUAUUUUCAUAUAUCAACUUCCUGAGAGACCACGGUGUUGGCCAUGACUUAGUUUCUACUAUGGCCCAACAGUCGCACAUCGACUUCCACACAACACAACCCAGCUCAUCCAUUAUGGACGAAGCAGCGCGUCUUGCACACAAUCUCCUAACUUACGAGCCCUACCACGUCGUUGCUGGAGAUUCGUUGUUGAUUGAUGCAGACCCUCGCCUGACGAAUCAGCUCCUCCAAGCGAUGUCCCCAUCGAAAGCGAUAAUUGCCUUCUCCGAUCCUGAUUUUACUUCGAAAGUGGACAACUUCGAAACGGAUCCUUACUACGGGGUGCAAUUCAGAGUGCUCGACCUGCCGCAGCACCACGCAGUGGCAAUGGCCGUCUUAACUGCCUCGCCAAACGCUUUCCGCAUGCCGCCUCCUCUGAUGCACAUUCCCAAGGCCUCUGAGUUAAAGAUCCUCCCUGGUCUUCUGGGCCUCACAGAGCCAGAACUCAUUAGUGAGCAAGGAGGCAACGCAGGAACUGCUGUAUGGUGGCAGGGACAAGGUGCAUUUGCCCUGCCCAGGAUCGCUGUCCAGCUAAACGGAAGCAUUUCAAAAGAAAAGGCAGAUGUGCUGUCUCGAACUCAAGGGUCCCUAGCACUUGCUGCCAUUGCAGAGCAUCUACAAGAGGAGACAGUGGAUUUCCAGAAUUGCGGCAUCACCCACAGUCUGGCAUUCAAAGGGACUGGAUUCCACAUGACCUUCGAAGGCUAUACGCAAGCGCAGCUAGGCAAGGUCAUGGCGCACGUGGCGAGUCUUCUGAGCGAUCCUUCAAUGGUGGAACCUGAGCGGUUUGAAAGGAUAAAGGAAAAACAGAUCAAGCUACUCGCUGACCCAGCAACCAGCAUGGCAUUUGAACACGCUCUCGAAGCUGCAGCAAUUUUAACGCGAAAUGACGCGUUUAGUCGGAAGGACGUGCUCAACGCGCUUCAACAAUCCAACUACGAGGAUUCAAUCGCCAAGCUCAGCGAGCUAAAGAAUAUCCACGUCGACGCAUUUGUCAUGGGAAACAUUGACCGCGACCAAUCCUUAGCCAUGGUUGAAGACUUUCUGGAACAGGCGGGAUUCACCCCUAUUGCUCAUGACGAUGCCGUGGCGUCUCUUGCGAUGGAACAGAAACAGACCAUUGAGGCAACCCUGGCGAACCCCAUCAAGGGCGAUAAAGACCAUGCCAGCUUGGUCCAGUUCCAGCUGGGUAUUCCCUCAAUUGAGGAUCGUGUGAACCUCGCCGUUCUAACUCAGUUCCUCAACCGCCGCAUAUAUGACUCACUUCGCACGGAAGCUCAGUUGGGAUAUAUUGCUGGAGCAAAGGAGUCCCAAGCUGCCUCAACAGCUCUCCUUCAGUGUUUUGUCGAGGGCGCGAAGACACAUCCUGAUGAAGUUGUGAAGAUGAUUGACGAAGAAUUGACAAAGGCGAAAGAAUACCUUGCCAACAUGCCUGAUGCUGAAAUGGCUCGCUGGAAAGAGGCAGCCCAUGCAAAGCUCACUAAGAUGGAGGCAAACUUCUCCGAAGACUUCAAGAAAUCGGCUGAGGAGAUUUUCUCCCACUCAAACUGCUUCACCAAAAGAGACCUGGAAGUCAAGUACUUGGACAACGAUUUCUCGCGCAAGCAAGUUCUCCGCACUUUCGCAAGGCUCUCUGACCCUUCAAGGAGAAUGGUUGUGAAGCUGGUUGCCGAUCUGGAACCCGAGAAGGAAGUCACCCUCAUUGGGGAGGCAAAAACGCAAGAAACAACCCUCCUUCGCCAUGGUGACAACGGUAAGAUUCUAUUCGCUCAUCCUUCUCUUACAUGCUAUAUUAACGAAGUUCGUUUAGCUGAGGAACUCGUCAAAGCCCCGACGAAGCUUCUCAGUCUCGAGGACAAGUUCGUUUCGCAAGUGCAGGAAGCUAAUGGCUACUUCCCAGAUGUCUCCGUGUGCGAGCUGCCCCCAAGCCUUCUGUCAUUAUUUGAACUCUUGGAGGACCUUUGA